AUGGGUGCACCACUCGUCAACCCAGACCUGGCCUCUAUGCAGCUCAAAGCGGAGAUCGGGCACUCAGAGGCGUCGUCGAUCUUUUGGAUAGAGUUACAGGGCAGCAGUUAUGCAUUAAAAGUCGUGGGUGUUCUGGACCUCCACAAGAGAAGUUUCCAUGACAAUGGUGACCCGGGGGUCACGAAGAACGGCCGCGAUCUCAACCGCUUUCGCAACGAGGUGAAUGCCUACAAGAAUCUUGAUGCAUUUGGCGUUUGUGAUAGCGGCCUCGUCCCAAAAUACUAUGGCUCUAUCGAUCGACUUAACCCCUCAUCCUACGAGCCAUGGCUCAACGGCUUCGUGGAUGACAAGUUUCACCCUAACGCUAUUCUACUCGAAUAUUUGCCAGACCCCGAGCCGCUUAACUGCGUGAAUUACUCGAAAGAGCGCCAUUCCAAAGCCAUGGAAGCGCUUGCUCAAGUCCACAACGCCUUGGUCGUCCACAAUGAUAUUUAUCCUAAGAAUAUCCUCAUUGUGCCGGGUUGCCCAGAGAGGGUGGUUUUGAUAGAUUUCGACGUCGCGAAAACGUUCCCCACGAAGGAACUCAUGGAUGAGGAGUUGGGCAUUCAAUCUCCGAGACCGAUCAAGGCCGCUGAAUAUGAAUUUGGGAUACUAGGGGGCUUUGGAAAGGCUUUGGAGGAAGAUCAAAAGGAGGGGCUCCCUCCUAACACGUCGUUCUACUGA